AUGUCCAGCAUCUUUGAUACCUCUCGUCUCGUGGGCAAGACCGCUCUCAUCACUGGUGCCUCGGCCGGUAUCGGGGCCGCAACAGCCCACCUCUUUGCCCGUGCCGGCUCCAACGUCGUCCUUCUCGCUCGGCGCGCAGACAAGCUCGCAGAAGUCAAGAAGGCGUGCGAAGAGGGCCACAAGGAGGCCAAGGUGGACAAUGGGAAGGUCGUCGUGAUUGAGGCGGAUGUGUCCAACAAGGAGAGCUUGGAGGCUGUCAUGGGGAAGCUGGAUGGGUUGAAGGUGGACUUCCUCGUCAACAAUGCUGGGAUGGUCCGCGGACGAGAGCACAUCGGUGACAUCGCCGACGAGGAUAUUGAGAUCAUGAUCAACACCAAUGUUGUCGGUCUGAUCAGACUGACUCAGCUGUUCGUCAAGGAGAUGAAGAAACAAGACUCUGGGAUGAUCAUCAACCUUGGCUCUAUCGCUGGUCGCGAGCCCUACGCUGGCGGCGGUAUCUACUGCGCCACCAAGGCCGCUGUGCGAUCUUUUAACGGCAGUCUGCUGCGGGAGCUGGUCAAUACCAACAUUCGGGUCUGCGAGAUCCAGCCAGGUAUGGUUGAGACCGAAUUCUCGCUCGUGCGCUUCAGGGGCGACAAGGCCGCUGCGGACAGCGUCUACACCGGUCUUACACCUUUGUCCGGCCACGAUAUCGCUGAGCAGAUUGUCUGGGCCGCUAGCAGGCCAGAGCACGUCCAGAUCGCUGAGAUGCUCGUCUUCCCCUCGGCGCAGGCUUCUGCUGGGAUCAACUACAAGAAGCCGCAAUAG